UCCUCUCUCUCUCAUACACACACACACACACACACACACUCACACUCACACAUGCACACACACACGCACACACACAUUCCCACACUUACACUCACAUUCACACACACACAUACGCACUCACACACGCGUGCAGCACGUUGCUGCAGUGGUUAGUCCGCUGCCACCGACACCACCGGAGCCGCAUGUGCUGGUGCGCUCGCAGGUGGAUUGUAGGACUGCGGGUGACUGUAACCUUGAUGUCAUCAGUGAUGGGGAGGACCACCAUGUAGAGGCGCAAGCCCUAUCGCAGGAAUGGGAAGCCACGUAUGGAGCGGGUCUGUACUGCAGCCGUGGUGAGCCUGAGACCCCACACCCCCCACACCUCGCGACCUUCUCAGGACCUGACCACAGGGGCCGUCCCACGCUCACCUGGAUGCUCCCCAGUCUGUGCUUCGUCGCCCCCCCCCUCCAUCCUCCUCCCCCUGCUUCUUCUUCUGCUCUGAUGCUAAAUUAGAUGCUUCAAUAAUUGGAUUUUGCCCACUUUUUAAUAUCUCCACAAGUAGCAUUCUCAUUUAUUUAUUCUUUUUCGUCUACUUGAACCCUGCUUCGGAGACUGAUUCCAUCCCUAUUAGCAAUAACUGACCGGCUGGCAUCAUGGGGGACAUGUCCAACAGCGAUUUCUACGCCAAGAACCAAAUAAAUGAGGGCGCCAACCACGCGGCGGGCUUCGGCUGCUCGCUCAUGGAGCUGCGCUCGCUCAUGGAGCUGCGCGGCACCGAGGCAGUGGUCAAGCUCCAGGAGGACUACGGGGGCGUCGAGGGACUGUGCAAACGACUGAAAACCUCACCCACGGAAGGACUCACGGGUGCCCAAGGUGACUUGGACAAGAGGAAAGAAGAAUUCGGGAAAAAUCUGAUACCUCCAAAGAAGCCAAAAACCUUCCUGCAGCUGGUAUGGGAGGCCCUGCAGGACGUCACCCUCAUCAUCCUGGAGGUGGCCGCCCUCAUCUCGCUGGGCCUCUCCUUCUACCACCCGCCCGGAGAGAGCACCGGAGAGUCUUGUGGCACGCUGAAGGGCGGCGUGGAGGACGAGGGCGAGGCGGAAGCGGGCUGGAUCGAGGGCGCCGCCAUCCUCCUGUCGGUGGUCUGCGUGGUGCUGGUGACUGCCUUCAACGACUGGUCCAAGGAGAAGCAGUUCCGCGGGCUGCAGAGCCGCAUCGAGCAGGAGCAGAAGUUCCAGGUGGUCCGCGGAAGCCAAGUCAUCCAGCUGCCCGUAUCGGACAUACUGGUGGGCGACAUUGCGCAAAUUAAAUAUGGUGAUUUGCUCCCCACCGACGGCGUAUUGAUUCAAGGCAAUGACCUGAAGAUUGACGAGUCGUCGCUGACCGGAGAGUCUGAUCACGUGAAGAAGGCCGCGGACAAAGACCCCAUGUUGCUGUCCGGGACCCAUGUCAUGGAGGGCUCAGGGCGCAUGGUGGUGACCGCAGUGGGCGUCAAUUCGCAGACUGGAAUCAUCUUCACCCUGCUCGGAGCUGGAGUGGAGGAAGAAGAGAAGAAAGAAAAGAAAGGAGGCGCAGUGGAAGACGGACACCAGAACACAGACUGCUCGCACCCCCCCAUCCACCCCAUCGCCACUAUUGCCACGGACGGGGCAGUGGGCUUUAAUGCCCCAGGCAGUGCCAACCUUAUUAAUGGUAAAAUGCAAGAUGGCAAUAUGGAGAGCAACCAGAUUAAAGUGAAGAAGCAAGAUGGCGCGGCCGCCAUGGAGAUGCAGCCCCUUAAGAGCGCCGAGGGUGGCGAGGAGGAGAAGGAACGGAAGAAGGUGUCCAUUCCCAAGAAGGAGAAGUCGGUGCUCCAAGGGAAGCUCACCAAGCUGGCCGUCCAGAUCGGCAAAGCAGGGUUGCUCAUGUCGGCCAUCACAGUCAUCAUCCUGGUGUUGUACUUUGCCAUCGACGCCUUUGUCGUCCAGAAGCGUCCUUGGGUGCCCGAGUGCACGCCCAUCUACAUCCAGUACUUUGUCAAGUUCUUCAUCAUCGGCGUGACUGUGCUGGUGGUCGCCGUGCCCGAGGGUCUACCGCUGGCCGUGACCAUCUCUCUGGCCUACUCCGUCAAGAAAAUGAUGAAGGACAACAACCUUGUGCGUCAUCUGGAUGCGUGCGAGACGAUGGGCAACGCCACCGCCAUCUGCUCGGACAAGACGGGCACACUCACCACCAACCGCAUGACGGCCGUGCAGUGCUACAUUGGCGACGUGCACUACAAGGAGAUCCCCGAUCCGGGGGUCCUGCCUCCAAAAUCGCUGGACCUGCUCGUCAAUUCCAUCUCCAUCAACAGCGCCUACACUACUAAGAUACUGCCCCCGGAUAAGGAAGGCGGUUUGCCGAAACAGGUGGGCAACAAGACGGAAUGCGGCCUGCUGGGAUUGGUGCUGGACCUGAAGCGAGAUUACCAGCCAAUCAGGAACCUGAUCCCAGAGGAGAAGCUCUACAAAGUGUACACCUUCAACUCGGUGCGGAAAUCCAUGAGCACCGUCGUCAAACUGCCCGACGGGAGCUUCCGCAUGUACAGCAAGGGAGCGUCCGAGAUUGUCCUCAAAAAAUGCAACCACAUUCUGAGCGAGGUGGGCGAGCCACGGGUUUUCCGUCCACGGGACAAGGACGAGAUGGUGAAGAAGGUGAUCGAGCCCAUGGCCUGCGACGGCCUGAGGACCAUCUGCGUGGCGUACCGCGAUUUCCCCUGCGAACCCGAGCCCGACUGGGAUGACGAAAGCAACAUCCUCAGCGACCUCACGGCCAUUUGCGUCGUCGGGAUCGAAGACCCCGUCAGGCCAGAGGUGCCGGACGCCAUUCAGAAGUGCCAGCGUGCGGGCAUCACCGUGCGCAUGGUGACCGGGGACAACAUAAACACGGCGAGGGCCAUCGCCAUCAAGUGUGGCAUCAUCCAUCCCGGAGAGGACUUCCUCUGCAUCGACGGCAAGGAGUUCAACAGGAGGAUCCGCAAUGAGAAAGGAGAGGUGGAGCAGGAGCGGAUUGAUAAGGUUUGGCCGAAACUGCGCGUCCUGGCCAGAUCCUCUCCGACUGACAAACACACACUGGUUAAAGGCAUUAUUGACAGCACCAUGGUGGAACAGAGGCAGGUGGUGGCGGUGACAGGCGACGGGACCAAUGACGGGCCGGCCCUGAAGAAGGCUGAUGUCGGCUUCGCCAUGGGCAUCGCCGGCACCGACGUGGCCAAGGAGGCGUCCGACAUCAUCCUGACCGACGACAACUUCAGCAGCAUCGUCAAGGCGGUGAUGUGGGGCCGCAACGUCUACGACAGCAUCUCCAAGUUCCUCCAGUUCCAGCUCACGGUCAACGUGGUCGCCGUCAUCGUGGCGUUCACGGGGGCCUGCAUCACACAGGAUUCCCCCCUGAAGGCGGUGCAGAUGCUUUGGGUCAACCUGAUCAUGGAUACGUUCGCCUCGCUGGCCCUGGCCACCGAGCCCCCCACGGAGUCCCUUCUCAGGAGGAAGCCGUACGGACGCAACAAGCCUCUCAUCUCCAGCACCAUGACCAAGAACAUUCUGGGACACGGCAUCUAUCAGCUCAUCAUCAUCUUUCUCCUCCUCUUCAUCGGUGAGCAGAUCUUCGACAUCGACAGCGGCCGCAACGCGCCCCUCCACGCGCCCCCCUCGGAGCACUACACCAUCAUCUUCAACACCUUCGUCAUGAUGCAGCUCUUUAACGAGAUCAAUGCACGCAAGAUACAUGGCGAGCGCAACGUCUUCGAGGGUAUCUUUAAGAACCCCAUCUUCUGCUCCAUCGUUUUUGGCACCUUCGCCGUACAGAUAAUAAUCAUACAGUUUGGAGGGAAGCCAUUCAGCUGCCACCCACUGGACCUGGAGAAGUGGAUGUGGUGCGUUUUCCUCGGCUUGGGGGAGCUCGUCUGGGGGCAGGUGAUCGCCACAAUACCCAACAGCAAGCUGCGCUUCCUGCGACGGGCCGGCCAGCUCAGCCAAAAGGACGAACUCCCAGAUGAGGACGUAAACGAGGAGAACGAGGAGAUCGACCACGCUGAGAGGGAGCUAAGGAGAGGUCAGAUCCUCUGGUUCCGAGGACUCAACCGCAUUCAGACUCAGAUCGAAGUAGUCAACACCUUCAAGAGUGGCACCUCCUUUCAGGGGGCGGGAGCUCUGAGACGCCAGUCGUCCACCACCAGCCAGAACCAGGAUAUCCGCGUCGUGAACGCGUUCCGCAGCUCCCUCUACGAAGGCCUGGAGAAGCCCGACUCCCGCACCUCCAUCCACAACUUCAUGACGCAGCCCGAGUUUAGGAUAGAGGACUCCACGCCCAACAUUCCGCUCAUCGACGACACGGACGACGACUCGGCCCGCCGGAGGGGGAAGUACUCCAGCCAGCCGUCGUCGCCCAACAAGAACAACAACGCCAUCGACAGCGGCAUCAACCUCACCAUCGACACCAGUAAAUCGGCGGCCUCGUCCAGCCCCGCCAGCCCUUUGCACAGCUUGGAGACCAGCCUCUAACCUCCUGGUUUCGGAACCCUCAACGCCCCAAGUACAUACAAUCAAAAGGAAAAAAAAAAAGAUUAAGAAAAAGCAACACGGCCAUCUUCCAUUUGUGAUUGUCUCGCUCAUGUGGAGGAGCAAACUGACGACAACGAGGAAGACAAACACUGGAACCGCCCCUUUCGUCAUUAUUAUAUUCUGAUUAUUAUUAUUGUUAUAUUAUUAUCGUCGCUCCUGCAUGAAUGUACAUUGCCCGAGUUUUAUUUAAAAGGGUCCCCCACCCUCCCAUUUGGAUUCUUUCAUCGUGGACAUAAGGACCACUUGCUCCUCCUCUUCUUCUCCUUCUGUGUGGCAUGAUCACAUGACAUUUGAUCAUGUGACCAGGUGCCAGGGCUCAACUUGCACAGCAGCUUUGCACCUCAAUGCCACCGUCCACCCAAAAAACAAAAGAGGAGCGCAAAAUAAUAAAAAUGGCAAUUUAGGAGCAUUUACGGGAUUAUAUUCUAUAAAUAUGAACAUAUAAAUAUAUUUACAGUAGAGAGAGUUUUAUCUUUGUUUGUCGGCAUGUUGCCUUGUUCCUGCUUCGAAUGGCUCAAAAGUACUUUUGACUUAUGUCUUAAAAGAGAAUGUAAUUUGUUUACAAACCACUUAGAGAUAUACUUUCUGGUUUCUAGAAGAAGGGACGCCUGAGCUCAGAUGGUGUGUUAUUAUUAUUGUUGAGGAUUAAAACAAAAUGAAAAAAAAAAAAGAUUGAAAAAAAAUGUGCUGGAAUUUGCCUGCUAUCUUGUGAAAUAUUGUAGAUAUUUUUAGAUUAACAAACAAAAAGAAACCAAACUAUAAUGGUAGUAAAUGUGGAAUCUUAGUAUCAUUCUUUUUGAUCGUUGGGAUGGAGUUGCCUUUGUUUUUUAUUGCUUUUUUUUUUUUUUUUUCUUGAAAAAAAGGCCUCCACAGGGACAGAGGGGGAAUAAUUCUAUCAUUCGCUAACUUUUCUUACACUGCCGCUUCUUGCUUUUAUAUAUAUAUAUAUAUAUAUAUAUAUAUAUAUAUAUAUAUAUAUAUAGAAUAGAAUAGAAUAGUGUGUUGUUUUUUCCAGUUUAAAUGUUGAUAUCAGGACCUUCAAAAAUGAACUGCUUGAGUCAAAUUAGCAAAGUAAUAUAUCCUGAUCUUACAGGAAUCAUUUUAAACAAUGUCAUUGGGAUAUAUUGUGUUUUUUUUUUUAUUUCAUCGGAUCUCGAUAAAUUUCAAUGCAUUUCCUCUGUCAGAGAGACCAACAGCCACACAGCGCUGUAGGCCACUUUGAAACAAAAAGGACUUGUUGCACGUCAUUUUAUUUAUUAGUCAAAGAGUAGAAGGUUUAACCCGUACUCAUUACAUUAAUAGUUUGUUCUUUAAUAAACUUGUUUUACAUGUUCAUCUUUGCUGCCAUCCGCCAAAAACAUGCAGUGACGAAAACUAAAAUGAUUCACCAUUUAUCGUCACCAAUUUAUCUAGCAUACGUGGUUUCAAUCUCGAGUAGUCAAAAUUACCCUGAAAUGGCUGCUUCAAACUAAAAUGCUGCUUCAAACUAAAAUGGUAAAGUUCUUGAAUGCCUACCAAAUUUCAUGUUGGUAAAUCAAACAAGCUUUGGGGGGUGAAUUUUGUCAACCCUGAGCUUGUGAAGCUGGAUGAUUAGAGCCUGGUAUUUCACGAUACAUCAUGAAAUUUCGGUGUCAUAUUACACCCGCAUGCCAUGGCGAAUACUUAAAAGCCUCCAAAUUUGACAUGACCAAAGUUGUCUUUAGUAGCAAUCGGACUGGAUUUUUAAGAAGAAUUCAACUUUUAAACACCCCUUGAAAAAGCCAAGGGGUGAGCAAGCCCUCGAAUGGCUGCUUCAAAACAAAAUGGCAGACUUCCUGUGUCUUUUUGGGAAUGGGUUCUUGAGACUUUCUUUUGGGUCUCCUGGUGAUAGACAUGCCUGCCAAAUGUCAUCUUGCUCAGCGAAAACUGUUUCAGGGUCCCAAUUUUCAUAAAAUUGGCCGAGUUGCUUCAGAGACCAUUUUGUUUUAACCAGACAGAAAUAAUUUUUUAAAAUGUUCGUUUUUAAAAAAUCUGGUAUAUAAUAUGUCUUUUUAUUAUUAUUAAUUUAAUCCAGAUUAAUUUCAAUUGAUUUUCCUCCACAAACAGCUCCACAGCGCUGUAAGCCAUUUUUUUAAACACAUCUGGGGGGAAAACAAUGACACAAAAUAGAAUGUUGCUUUGGCUCUUUUUCUAUAUACAUACAGUAUACAUAUAUACAUAUAUCUAAAAAAAUGACUUUUUCUGCACUAUUUGGUUAUGAAUGACAAUUUACGUGGUGUAAAAUCUCGAUGUGCUUUUUGUGUGUUUUAACCGAGCUUGUCUUCCUGCCGUCACGGAAUAUACAGUACUCUAGCAUCUCAGCUGUGCUCACUUAUCGUUGUAAUAUUUAUUGUGCUUUGACCGGUCAGCAGAGGGGACGUUACAAUAAAAAAACAACAACGUAUUGCACUCUGAAGGAAAAGGCCACUUAAAACAAGCCUGCACUCUUUAUAUUACUAACUCAAGUCACUGGCAAGAGCAAUGUGUUCUAAAGGCUCAUUAUGCAAACAAUAACCUUAUUUAUUUAUUUUUUUUUUUUACAAAAUAUAUACGCUCUACAAUCUCAAUCAUCUAUCCAAGCUGUCCCAUCUCGUUCGCUCCUAUUCUCUCGUCUCAUCCCGUGCGGAGAGGGUGCACAAGCUUUACCAGUCAGUUCAGGCCUGUCGGAAAAUAAUUUCAGUUGACCGAAAAGCAAAAUGCUUUUUUAUUUAUUUGAUUAGUUGGCUGUAAAAGCAAAACGACAGCAACUAAGGAACACGCAGCAAUGAAAUAAAAAGUCGACAUGAUGAACUCUCAAUGGAAAAUACAGUGGAACCUCCAAAGAAAUAAUGGAAGUACAAUGCCUGACUGUCAAACAAGAAGAAAAGUUAAGGAAUAAAACUCAAAUAAAGUAAAACUGCUCACCCUUUUAAAGGCUGAGAGGAAAUAGGAAGGUGUUUUUGGGGUAGCAAUUCUGUCACCUAGUGGUGUUCUGUAGGCUUUGUGAUAUUAAACCCUCCUGUUACCCGUCCACCCGUUUUCUGUACUGCUUGUCCUCAUUAAGUUGAGCUGAAGCCUGUCCCAGCUGACUUUUCACAAAAGGCAGGGUAGAUCCUGGACUUGUCGCUCGUCAAACACAUUACGACAAACAAGUAUUCACACUCACCUUCGCACCUCACAAGGUUUAUCUUCAGUACCUGCUGUGUAUGUUUCUGGAGGAAGCUAGCGUACCCGGGGAAACACCGGACGACCUGAUUGAACCGAGAUUCGAACAGAGAACCUCAGACCUUUAAAGCAGACACGCUAACUAACAGUAGUUUUUCAGUAUUUUCACCUAAACGGAGUUUGCAGUGUUUAAACCGCUAGCAAGAUUUGAACGUAGCCUCACUUCACAAAUCUCUGACCAAAGGCGCGGCCUCACUAAUGUAGCGCGCACAAGCGCGAUUCUCAAACAUAUUAGGAUUUAUAAUGGGAUGUCCAGCUUUGACAAAUAGCAGGCGCUAGCAAUAUCAAGCUAGCAUUGGCACUGUAAACAAGCCGAUGUUAGCCACGGCUGCUACAUUGGUAGCAAGACUUAUUCAUAGUGGAGUAUAACACUGAAUGUCAUCGGUAUGAAGUUUUAUUUUUGGAGGGACUGUACAAUCGAUUAAAAAACAGGUGACGUAUUACCCGUUGAGCAGAAAUGUUGCUUAUUCCACGUCGCCUCUGACUCCUCUCAGCCGCCUGAAGUCCCUUCACUCUGCUUCUGUUUUUUUUUUUUUCCACUGAUCAUUUUCUUAAUGUAGAGUUGUCGAGGUCUCGCCGACAGUUUUAACCAUUUUUGGGGGGGGGGGGGGGGGGGGAAUUGCCAACUCCCUUUAAAGAUGCCCAUUGAAGUCUCACAAGACUUGCUAGGUCACGCUGAUCGUUUUAGAGGUUCUUUGGAGGUUCCACUGUCAGUAAUGAAAUUCAAUUAGUCAGAAGCGCCUCAAAACAUUCGAUUUCCACACUCUUUUCACGCCCCCACCCGGCCCGACACCACCGCUGAUGUUAACGACGAUAUCAAGGAAACUUCUUGCAAUAUGCUCUCACCUGCCUCGAUGUACUGUAUUUAGCAGCAUGCAGUUUGUGGAACCAAGAAAAAGAGACAUGCCAACAAGCUAUUGGCAUACAUGCUUAGCCAUUUAUUGGGUAAGUGAUUUAAGGGUUUAUCUUGUUUUUAAACGGUAUCUAUUUUUUUCCCUCUAAAUCUAUACAAUAAUUGUAAAUAAAGAACUCCAUGUAUUUGUUCAUUUAAUACUAUGCAAAAAGUCAUGCUUUUUUUCUUGAUUGUUACCCACCCUUAAUCUUAAGAGUGUGUUGCUGGAAUGUUUGUGCUCUCCAAAAUCAGUUAAACGAUGUGAUGUAAACAAAUUUUCUAGCUUGAGGAAAACUUCUAUGAUGAUGAUGAUGAUGAUGAUGACAAAUGAUUCUGAUACUAUGGGGGGGGGGGGGAGGGGAGGAUGCUCAUGAUGAUGAUGAUGAUCAACUGUGACUCUUGCUGCUUGACUGUCCCACUCAUCACACUCCUUGACAAGAGCGCAAGUGGCAAAGGGGAAAAAAACAUAAUAAGAAAAAUAUGGAAAAUCACUAAAUAAAUCUCCCAGAGCAGCAUGACCCAGCAUGGUGUGUCCUGGC